AUGGAGGGAAUCAUCGCAGGAUACAAUGUAUACAUUGAGUGUCGAAAAUGUGACGGUGAUCGAGCUACCAUCCUCCCAUCGCUGAGCGUCGAACAGUAUGAACAAUUCGUGUUGUCCUCAGCUUCUGGGGCGCGACAAUAUCUGCUGCAACACAUCGUUGAUUACUCCACGCGAAGGUACGACGUCUUGCCACUGUGCGAACUGGCAGCCCUAUGUCCAUUCUAUCUUCCCCGCGCUUUGGAGAAUAUACAGGAGACACCGCAAGAUUUGACGCUCUGGCUUAAAGCAAUACAGAACGGCAACUUAGACCGAAGGACCUACGCAACGCUGUUUCGGAUUCUCCGUCUGUUAUUGUCAGAGUCUGAGUCGUACAAGAACAUAUUGAACCUUCUUAACGUCCAGAUGUCGAUACUCCAAUGUCACAUCAGUCGCUUAGACUUUACUCUCCCACUGCUGGAGACAACGCGUAUAUUCACGGAGCAUCUGAUGGAAGGAGAUCCAUGGCAUAAUAGGAUCAGAGAUCUAAAAAUGAUCAAUUCUCAAUUCUCGACAAUGGUCCCGUCUUUGGAGGAGUUUGAAAAAUCAUGUGUCAUACUUCAUGAUGUUCAGAAGGUUAUCCUCCUUGGCAACCGUUAUCUUCCAGAAUCAUUCGGCACUGCUGAUGAGGUUGUCGAUGUGAACCUUGAGAUUCCUACAUCUCAGUUACAAGCUGCGCGUAACGUUUUAGUAUGGAUGGAGACACAUGAUGAUUGGUUUCAUCACCUCCAGCCAUCACUUGCUAUUCCCACAGAUCUUGCAGAGUUUCAGACAUAUCUCGCUACUCCACAUGCCCGCAUACGUACUCAAUACAUCCUACGUCGGCUCAGUAAUGAGGGAUUUUAUUCAAGGCAGUGGCUGCUGUUAUUGUACACAUUGGCUGCUCUAUGCCCAUUGUGGUUCCCUACAGCUGGUGCAGGAGGAGAUCUUAUUCUUCUCGUUCACGCUUUUCACAUAAAUGAAAUGACUCCAACAAGUUUCAAAGUACUUCAUCAAAUACUAAGUAUCGCCACUUUUCAUAAUCCGCCAUCAAAGCUUGCAAAAGAUCUACAAACCAUCCAAAAGAGGUCACAGUGGACAGCUGGGGAUUUUGAGGAAUCCCUGGCAUCGGCUAUCUCUUACUUUCAAGACAUGUUCCAAUUGCAGAGCCAGUUUUAUGGAAUGGUGCCAAUACUGGCUGUUAAGCACCAAGUCAAAUCCGAGGAACCAUUGCAGUCCAUUGCUACGCUAUUGCGAGCGUUAAAACAUCGUCAAGAGUAUCAGAUCAGCAAUCCUUCAGAGGGUCCACAACUUUUCUCAGAAUCUCCAAGGACUCAUUCUUUUCAGAGUCCUUCAGCCUCGAUCCAUAAAAGCAUUUCUGGUACCAAUUUUCUACCGGACUAUAUAGAGGGUGGUGCUUUCCCAUCAACUCUAAUGGGAUACGAAGAUCGUACUUGGAUUAGCACACAAGACUCCAGAGUGGGGAAGUCUUACACCUUGCCGAUACGGCAUGGACGCAGCUAUCCGGAGCAUGAUCAUGAUCAGGUUUCAAAGUCGGUGCCACCUUCGACAGAGACGCGACUCCUAUGUCCCCCAGUUGCAGACAUGAUGCCGAAGGGCGUGCAUUUCGAUCCAUACAUGAUCAGCGAUCCUUCGAAGAACCCAGAAUCUGUCCCUUUCAUGAGACCUUCAGCCUCGACCUGUGAAAGUACCGUCGAUACCGAUUGCAGUCCUUUGGCAUUUAUCCUAACGACCGAUUCACCAAUAAAUCCAGCAAGCGAUCAGAAGAAGAUACAUGAAAAGGAAAAUCUAAGGACUCACUCUUUUCAGAUUCCUUCAGCCUCGACCCUUGAAAGCAUAUCCUCAACUUCCUCCGCUUCACAUAAUGAGCGCCUCUCAGUUCUUCCUUCACCCAAGUCUGCGACAACUUUCUAUGAAUGUUCAUGGGAGCAGUGCGGGAAGUCUUUUGGACUCAAGGCCGACUUGGAACGACACUACCGUAUCCAUACGAACAAGCGCCCAUAUCAUUGUACGGAACCUAACUGCAACAAGAGCUUCGCCCAGAAAUGUUCUCUAACAGUUCACUUGAGAGUUCAUACCGGUGAAAAGCCCUUUGUGUGUGACUAUAAAGAUUGCGGCAAGGCCUUCUCAGAUUCAUCAGGCUUGAGGCAGCAUCGCCGCAUACAUGACCCUAAGCAAAUAGCGGAACAACGGCUCUUGAGCCGCAGGUGGUUCUGUGAUCAAUGCGGGAAGUCACUUAGACAUAAGUACGAUCUCAACAGACACCGUCGUAUCCAUACGAAUGACCGCCCACACCAUUGCACGGAGCCUAACUGCAACAAACGCUUCAUCCAGCGCAGUGCUCUAAUACUUCACUUGAGGACUCAUACGGGUGAAAGGCCCUUUUUGUGUGACUAUGAAGGUUGUGGCAAGGACUUCCAUAGCGUGAGCAUCAACCGUCUGGUCCAGCUAAGUCGCGUGGUUGCUGAUUAG